UUCGCUGCCGUUAGGUGGUAGAUGGCGUUUGUUCGUUUGUUUAUGUUUUGUCGUCUUAAGAUGGGGGGAGCUGUCACAUGAGCACAGCCGGCCUGUCUGAGCGCAUACCUGUUUCCUCUUAUAUAACCUCCUCUAUGACAGUCAUAUCGGUGUAAUUAAUUAGCGUGCCCACAAAAAAUCCAACACCGAAGCGUGUUAACGUGUGGCGUUCACUUGUCCAGCGGGGCGGUGAGCUCCGGUGGAAGUCAAGGCCCAGGCAGCCGCCCUCCUUCACAGUGUGGUCAGGAAAUCUAAUCUGGUGGAGCAAGCAAACAUGAAGAUUGAACUGCUCCCUGCGCUGUCUGACAACUACAUGUACCUACUGAUCGAUGUGGACUCCAGAGAAGCAGCUGUUGUAGACCCCGUGGAGCCAAUAAAGGUUGUUGAAGCUGUCCGAAAGCAUGGUGUAAAACUCACCACAGUUCUAACCACCCAUCACCACUGGGAUCAUGCCGGUGGAAAUGAGAAGAUGUUGAAACUAAUGCCAGGUCUGAAGGUCUAUGGAGGGGAUGACAGAGUUGAUGCCAUUACAAAGAAAGUUUCUCAUUCCAACACUUUCAAAGUUGGCUCACUCCAUGUUAAAUGCCUUUCUACUCCUUGUCACACAACUGGUCACAUUUGUUACUACGUGACCAAAGAAAACAGCACUGAACCACCAGCUGUCUUUACAGGGGAUACUCUGUUUGUGGCUGGCUGUGGGAAAUUUUUUGAGGGUACAGCAGAGCAGAUGCACAAAGCCUUGAUAGAAAUUCUGGGGCGCCUUCCUCCUGAAACGCGUGUCUAUUGUGGUCAUGAGUACACCGUCAACAAUCUGAAAUUUGCACGUCAUGUGGAACCGCACAAUGAAGUAAUUCAGAAGAAGUUGGCCUGGGCAAAGGAGAAGUGCAGCAACGGAGAACCAACUAUUCCGUCCACUCUGGCAGAUGAAUUCACAUUUAACCCCUUUAUGAGAGUAAAAGAGCCGUCCGUUCAAGAGCAUGUGAAGCAGACAGACCCUAUCGAGACCAUGAGAAGUCUUCGGAAGGAAAAAGAUAAUUUCCGAGUGCCCAAGGAGUGAAAGUGCACCAGAGUUGGCAUUUCAACUGAUUACAACACUGCAAGCUGUCAAUUAUAUACUCAAAGAAAUACCUGCAACUAAUCUGUAAACCGACUGGAAAAACAGCACAUCCAUUGCAUUGACUUUAACUCAAGGUCCAUUUUUUUCUAUCACAGUGUUCAGCAUAACAUAUUAGACUAUAAAUCUAUAAAUAAAUCAUUCUUUUAGAUAUAUUUGAGUUUUUUGGGUUGGCAGUUUUAAGGAAUAAAUGGCCAUUAUUUGAAUGUUUUAAAAUGAGAAAAAUGUAGUUAUUCUGUAAAUGUAUCAGAAAAGUUAUUUAGUCUUAUGCUUUAAUAUAUUGAUGUUCAAACUACUGUUUCACUCAGCGUUUAAACAUUUAACAAGACAAGGACCACAUGAGUAACAAAUGUUGGCGUAUGUGGACACUUUCUGUGAGUUGGUUUAAUAAUAGGUAAUCAUUUCUUCGCCUACAAAACUUUGUAUCAAUGUUUCUUCAUGUCAUUUAUUUUCACGCUUGCUUAAAAGAUGCUAGUUUGGUUGUUUAUGUGCAAAAUACAGCAUAGCUGCCUUUACAUAUAAGUAAUCAAAGUGAUCUGUGAGCUCAGCCUUGUCUACCUCUUGUGUCAGCAUUGUUAGAAACCCCAAAUCAUAUUUUGCUCGUAAAGUAAAAUCUUUCAAGGACUAUUGCAUGAAGCAAUUUGGAAAAAGCAAUAAAGCACAUUUGUUUUAGUAGCUUCACACAAAGGUUUGUGUCAAUAAAUUGUGUCAUAAGCAAAAUAUAUUCCUGAUGCAGAAUAAGGCCAUUAAAACUGUUAUAUUCUCAUA